GCGGACUGGGAAUCGCUCUCUCGGCUUCUUCACUCUCCCUUGGAAGAGGAGAGCCCAGAUGGGUUUGGGCAGGAAACCUGGGAUUGCUUCCUCGUUUGGGGGCUCCAGAAAACCCCGUUCAGACCAAGGAAGUUGAAUUGCGGUUGUCGCAGAGUUGUUAGAGGAGGAGGAGGAAGAAGAAGAAGAGGCUUCAGGCUGGUGGGAAUUAAUAAUUACAAUCAAACCGGCAGAUUUACGCUUUGGCUUCUCAGGAUCAAUUUCUUCUAACGUCACGACAGCAAUUUUUUUUCUCCGUUGGACCAACUGGCUGUGGAUUUUAUAUGUGCUUCCAAAGAGAGAGAACAGGGAGAAGAGAGAAGUGGGGGAGGAAAGAAAUCGAGCUCGGUGGCUAUUUAUUUUAUUUCAUUUUUAAAAGUGUCCCUCUUCGUAUUUAUCCUGUCGCUGGACCAGGCUCUCCAAUGCCUUGGCACUGCCAUGGGAUGUGAAGAUCUCUUAGCCUGGUUGUUUUGACCACCCCCUCCGAUCCCCUCGCUUUGCCCUGUACUCCAAAGUCCACAUAUAUGAGAUGGAAAAUCGAGGGCUGCUAGGCUCCCUUUGUUACCUGAUGCUCAAUGCCCCCUUGCUCUUCAUGGUCCAGGCUACAUUUACGGAAGUUCCUAAAGAUGUGACUGUUAGAGAGGGAGAUGAUAUUGAGAUGCCUUGUGCUUUCCGGGCCAGCGGAUCCACCUCUUACUCCUUGGAAAUCCAAUGGUGGUAUCUUAAGGAACCAGCACGAGAGCUUGCUCACGAAUUAGCCAUCAGUGGCCCCGGCAGCAGAACCAAGGUAACAAAUAAGGAUGCAACAAAGAUCAGUACGGUGCGCGUCCAGGGCAAUGACAUCUCCCACCGGCUGCGGCUGUCCAGUGUGCGGAGGCAGGACGAGGGCGUGUACGAGUGCCGCGUGUCGGACUACGGCGACGAGGACACUCAGGAGCACAAGGCCCAGGCGCAACUGCGCGUCCUGGCUCGCUUCUCCCCGCCCGACGUGCAGGCGGCCGAGGCGGUCUCGCACAUCCAGAGCAGCGGCCCGCGCAGGAGUAGCCCACCCGGGCGAGCCACGGCCGAGCCGCCCCUGGGGGACAAGCGCCUCCUGCCGGCGCAGGGCGAAGCCGCAGCCUCUUCUUCCUCCUCGUCGGCAGCCUCCAUCCCCGCCGCCGCUUCGUCGUCGUCCUCUUCCUCCUCCAACUCCAGCACCACGACUAUCGUGGCGGCGGCGGCGGCAGCAGCAGCGUCGUCGGCCUCGCCUCCGCCUGGCAAAGCCACCAUCCUCCGCCAGCAGCACGGAUCAGGUACUGAGCCAAUUUACGUGACAGAUCCUUUCCUCUAUUCGUUCCUGUUGAUGUUCCAUAAGCUUGUACACUUAUUCUUAGACCACUGAUGGACUUCUUUAUCCGAUAAUCCCCAGCCAAAUGAGAAAGGAAACUAUGUAAAACAAAAACAAAAAACAGACGGAAAAAGAACCCUCAAUGAGAACUAGAAUCUUAAAGAUGGACAGAAAGAGACUGGAAAAGAAGCAUGAACACAUUCAACAAGGGGAGGGGUAAAGCAUAUUUUUGGGACAUUACACAAAGGUCAGUCACCUGAAAUAAUGCAUCUAGUUUUGAGAUUCUAUGGUAUCAAUGCCCUGUUCCACACAAGGUAGCUAUUAUUUCUCUCUUUUCCAACGUCUUUUUUCCCCUCUAAAUCUUUCCUCUGACAAUUAAUUUUGCACGAACUGUUGAACAGUUGCUUUUAUGAUGAUAUGUAAAGAUAUGGGAGGGUGGGGGGGGCAAAGCCCUUCUAAGGAAGGGUCCUAUUUUUUAGUAGAUUAUUGUGGUUAGGCUUUUUAUUUUUAUUAUUUUUAUUUCCUUUCUCCUCCUCCCUCCCCCUCCCCCUCUUUUUUAAUUAAAUUAUUUCUUUUGGGGGGAACUAUUGAUUUUUUAAAAAGGCACAUCUUACCAUAAUGGAUAUUCACUGUCGAUAAUAUUUAUUUUUAAAUAUAAAAAAGAAAGGUUGGAAACAAGGUAAGACAUUUGUUUAUAAACCGUAUUGUAUAUUGCUGAAUAACAGUUGAAUUAAAAAAAAGAGAUUUUGAAAUAA